UGACAUCCACCGCAGGUGUUAAAACUCACUGUGUACAAGCAUCUGUUCAAACUAACUCUUCGUCAGAUUUCUCCAUAGGAAAGAUCUCCUAAAUCACACCAAGAUGCCCCAGGGGGCCACCAGGACAAUGAGUGCACCACCAAAACAACUGCAGACAAAGCUGAGCACUUGGACUCCACUCAACCAUCAGAUGUCUAACAACCAUGUUUUUGAAGAAAGAAGGCUUCUACUCAGGAAAUGGUUUGACAAGUGGUCGGACGGCCAGCGCAAGGCGGUGCUGCGGGACGUUCUGUGGCGGUGUUCCGCGUCGCAGCUGAGGCACCUGCAGGCCAGCCUGGUUGCCAUGGUUCCGCAGCAGGUUCUAGACUUCACGGCGGUGCUGCCCAGGGUUCUCUCCCUCUACAUCUUCUCCUUCCUGGACCCCAGGAGCCUCUGCCGCAGCGCACAGGUGAGCUGGCACUGGCGUGGCAUGGUGGAGCUGGACCAGCUGUGGAUGCCCAAGUGCGUGAGGCUGGGCUGGUACAUCAACUUCACCCCCUCCCCGUUCGAGCAGGGCGUGUGGAAACGCCACUACAUAGAGACCGUCAAGGACCUGCACGUCAGCAAACCAAAGACUCCAGUGAAAGAGGCCUUCGUUGUACCUGAAGUGCACGCGAUUGGCCACGAAGAAGACCGGGAACUGGCCCCUACGUCAUCUGCCAACCAACCACGAGAGAGUCGCUCCAGGAGAGGUGUCGCUACUACUGCUACUACGGUUAUCCGUAGCUCAGUGGGCGGGGCAAGCACAGCAGGACCGCCUCCCUGGAGACAUGCAGACCUGCAUCCUACAGACACCAGACGCUUUAACUACCUGGAGAACCCAGACCCCAUCCAACAAGCACGUAGAGCUCGAGCGAAAGGGAAGAGGAUCAACCUGAGCAGCACAGCACCCCCAGAGGACAACACCACCCAGAAGAAGGCCCUCUCCGCCUCCGCAUAUAAACUACGCAAGGCCAAGUCCCUGAUGUUCUUGUCCAUGGAUCAGCAGGCCUGGGAAAAGAAGCGUCCUGAUUGGGCCGUCCGGAGCGCCGAGCCCGACCAGUACCCCGUCAGCAAGGAGGCGGCGGAGCGCCUGGCCCGCAGUGGCCAAUGGAAUGCUGGGAUACGGCCGGCCCCUGUGCGGCCUCCAGUGCCCAGGCUGAGCGCCGAGGGGCUCAGGGCCUCCCUCCGGACACACAGGAGCUCACCUAGUGUUCCAUUAUUCGAAGAGCGACCCUGGAAGAUCCCUUCAAGUAGGGACUCACAGGAGGGUUGACCUGUAGAACCUUUUUGAACAUUCUGGAAGCAGAACCUGUGGACCAUUCUAGAACUGGAACUGGAACCUCUGGAACCGAUUGGAUGGUUUUGGUGUCCAUGUGAAAACAGAGUCCUUUCAAAUGUCAAAUGGAAACUGUAUACUGACUACAGAACUAAGGUUAUGCAAUAGGCCUACUAUAAAACCGUCAAUAAUGUUCAGAAUAUUUUAUUUGCAGUUGCCAUUUGUAAAGUGUACUUUUUAUUUGUAUGUAUUUGGUAUUAUGUGAUUAUAUAGGCUAUUUAUUUUAUUGUCUUUGAAGAUAAAAUAUCUGGAUAAUUUAAUUUGCCAAGUGAUGCAAGUUGUAGCCUAAACAUGUUCCAGAAAUCCAGAAUAAAUCCAACUGUUUGUCUUAAAUGAUGCAAUAGUUGAUGAAAUUGAUGAAGUUGAUGAAAUU